AUGGCGCCGAAAGCGAAGAAGGAAGGCCCUGCCCCUCCCAAAACCGAAGCCAAAGCAAAGGCUUUGAAAGCCAAGAGGGCAGUACUGAAAGGUGUCCACAGCCACAAGAAAAAGAAGAUCCGCACUUCACCUACAUUCCGGUGGCCCAAGACUCUGCAUCUCAGAAGACAGCCCAAAUACCCUCGGAAGAGUGCUCCCAGGAGAAACAAGCUGGACCACUAUGCCAUCAUCAAGUUCCGCCUGACCACUGAGUCAGCCAUGAAGAAGACUGAAGACAACACACUUGUGUUCAUCGUGGAUGUCGAGGCCAACAAGCACCAGAUCAAACAGGCUGUGAAGAAGCUCUAUGACAUUGAUGUGGCCAAGGUCAACACCCUGAUCAGGCCUGAUGGAGAGAAGAAGGCAUAUGUUUGACUGGCUCCUGACUAUGAUGCUUUGGAUGUUGCCAACAAAAUUGGAAUCAUCUAAACAGUCCAGCUGGCAAAUUCUAAAUAUAAGUUUU